CAACUUGGUGGUCACGCUGAUGGAGUUGUUUAUGUUCUAAGAAUGGAAAUUGCUGUCUAAACAAUUUCACCAAGAACAAAACCGCGUGGUUGCUACCUGGUGAUAAGAAUAUUUUAGAGGAGCUUACCACACCAUACUUUGUUUUUUGACUACAUUUUAUGCACAGGAGGAAAACAAUGAAUUCCAAAAAAUCAAAGGGAACUUCCUUGCUUGAUGUCAGAAAAUCAAAAUCAGGCACAAGCACAUUGUCACAAAUCCACAAAGAUGCCCAGAAACCAUUUGUGAAUGUCCUUGGCAAUCUGAAUGGAACCAAACGACAGGGAGAUAAUAUGAUGGACCAAAAGCAGAAGAGAAGAGCAGCAUUUGGGGAUAUUACAAAUGCUAUAAAUGAAAACAACAUCCAACAAAAGAAAGACAUUCUCAAGAAAUCAAAACCUCCAACAGGAAUCGGUAUAAAAGCUACAAAGAAAAAGUCAGAGAAAAAGAGGACGUUGAAAACAGAGAACACAGACCCCACUCAGGAAGAUGGCAUCCAGCUCUCCCAGGGAUCUGUAGUGUCCAGUUCACAGGACAGUGUGUCAAGUAACAGUUCAUCCAAGGGCAGCCUGACGGAUCUGAGCCAGAUCAGUAGUGUGUCAGAGGAAGAGGAGAGGGAGAUUGUCCCCGAGUCUGUGGAUGAUGUGGAUACAGAGAACUUACAAGACACUGCACAGUGUGCUCUCUACGCCCCAUUCAUCUUCAGAUAUUACAAAGAAAGAGAGCUGAAGUUCAUGGUUCCUAUGUAUAUGGACACUCAGCCAACAUUGACCACCAACAUGCGAGCGAUCCUGGUGGACUGGCUGGUAGAAGUGCAGGAGAACUUUGAGCUGAACCAUGAAACUCUGUACCUAGCUGUCAAACUAGUCGAUACCUAUCUCUCCGUCAGACAGGUGCCCAAAGAGAACCUACAACUGGUGGGAGCUGUCUCCCUGUUUGUAGCCUGUAAAUUUGAUGAGAGGUGUCCACCCCUGAUUGAGGAUUUCCUGUACAUCUGUGAUGAUGCCUACAGAAGGACAGAGUUUCUGGAAAUGGAGAGAACCAUUCUGAAGACCGUAGGAUUUGACAUUGGAAUGCCCCUAUCUUAUCGCUUCCUCAGGAGAUAUGCUAAGUGUGCCAGAGCCAGCAUGGAGACACUUACAAUGGCCAGGUUCAUUCUUGAGAUGUCUCUAAUGGAGUAUGAAAACAUCAAAUACAGAGAAUCCAAGAUGGCUUCUGCCUGUCUUCUGUUGGCAAUGAAAAUGAAGAGUGCUGGAGAAUGGUCUUCAACCUUGGAAUACUAUACGGGGUAUACAGCAGGGGACCUCACUGGUCUUGUCAAAGAUCUGAAUGCCAUGAUUUCCUCCCCUCCCAAACUAUUAACCACCAUCAAGUCCAAGUACUCUCACAGAGUGUUUUAUGAAGUGGCCAAGGUGCCUGCUUUAUCCGAGGAACAACUGAAUUCAUGAGAUAUCGCCAGACACUAGGAAACCAGACUCACUGUGUAACAGUGCCUCAGUACUAGUCCAGUGAUAUCCUUAAAACAUUGUAUGAUGGGUUUGUGUGCUUAUAACCUAAGCCCUCUUCAAAUUUCCACCGAGUGAGAGAAUUCAACAUCUGAACAGAAGGGCCUCUGAAAAGAUUAUGGAUUGCAAUAUUUGAAUGACAGAAGAUGUUUACUUUUAAAACCUUAGUUAGACCUCCCUCUUCUUUCUAUCCCCCUUUUUCUGUUGUAUAUAGCAAAAUUUUCCAUCUGUUGUACACAGUCUUACUAUUUAUUCAAACACAUUUUGCAAGAUGUGCUUUGGUUGUGUUAAAAAAAGCUUUAAUUCACAAUGUUUGUUUUUGUUGAAUAAACAACUUUUAGAACAAGGGGGUAACAACUAGCAAUGCUAUAUAUUGUCUAUGAAAAACUGUAGGUGUUGUUUCAAGAAAGUUUUUUUUUUUUAAAGUAAUAUAUUUUUAUUUCUUAAAACACUACAAGAAAAACUAGAUUAAAAUGAAGACUUAAUUAUUUCAUUAACAUUUCUUUUUUAUAAUUUUUGCUGGUAGCAUUUUAUAUGCUGCUCAAUCAUGUUUUAAAAGACAGACAGUAUUUUAAAGUAAUGCUAUAAUGGAAUGUUUUACACUUUGUGUUUGGUUUUAGUUUGUAUUUUAUAUUUUUUAACCUAUAUGAAUAUAAUAUCGUCAUGAUCAUUCAAAGAUGGUAAAAAGUCAUUAUGGGGCAUUUUUCAAUCAUGCAAAAAAAAAAAAGAAUGAGAAAAAAAAUUGAACAAACAAUGCUUAUUUUAGGUGGUCUCUUAUGUUUACGUUGUUUAUGUAGAUAUUUCAGCCUCAUUUAUUUUUAACUAGUUCCUUUAAAUAUUUUAUAUUUUUACAAUGUUUUAUUUAACACUACAAAAUUUUGCUAGUAUCAGUGUUUUUGAUAUACAUUUAUAUUGUUUCAAUAAAGUGUUUCAAUGAUUGGA